AUGAAUACCAAAAGUAUAGUCACACCCGGUCAAAGAUUAGGAUUUGCUCAAGAUUAUGCUGCCGGUUCUGGCACUUAUGUUCGUGGCAACUUGCUAUAUGCAAGUGUGGUUGGCGUGAAGCGUGUGUUGAAGCCAACAGCAGAAGGAGAGGCAAAGAAAAAACAAUCAGCCAUACCAGAAGAAUUUAGCAUUGUAACAGGCAAAGUUAUUCGUAUCACACCUAAAGAAGCUGUUGUAUCCAUAAUGGUAGUUGGUAAUUCCCCAUGUAAAGAAGAUUUUCAAGGAAUAAUACGUCAACGAGAUGUACGCGCAACAGAAAAAGACAAGGUCAAAAUUCAUAAUUCAUUUAGACCUGGAGACAUAAUCAGAGCAGAAGUGAUUUCGUUAGGAGAUGCUCGAUCUUAUUACUUGUCAACAGCCAAGAAUGAACUUGGAGUAAUUUAUGCGCAAAGUGUGGAAGGUGCCGCUAUGAUACCAAUAUCAUGGCAAGAGAUGCAAUGUACAAAAACGAAUACAAAAGAGCUUCGAAAAUGUGCGAAACCAUUUUGA